UUAGAAAUUGUUCACCAUCCCUCAACCUCAUCCUAUCCUCAACUACACUAUCUAAUAGGGUUUAUUGUAGGGAGAUAUAGCUUCCAACUUUUCUCUACUUACCAUGUUCUUUAUCUUUUGAAGGGCUUUGGCUUCUCUCUAUCGUUCUCAUUCAUAUGUACGUAAAUAUCUCCCCCAAAACCAAAAUACAAAUAUAUUCUUAUCGCACCCCCUCACUCAACCCCAAUUCUUCUUCUUCGUCCAUCCUUUUUCUUUGGAUCCUUGUUUUUUUUACCAACUUGCCCUAGAUUUUCUGUUGCAUCUCCCACUUUGCUCUUCCACGAGGUAAUGCUAAGAUCCCUUCUAUCCUUCUUUAUUAGCCUCCUUUUCCUUUUUUGAUUUCUUUUUCCUUCUCGGGUUUUAUGACACCCUUGUGAAUCCCCUUAUAUAAAUUAUGAGGUACUCUCACUCCUGUGCCCAUUCUCAUUUCUGGUUUUUGCUGCAUUGUUCUUGAGAGCUAAGAUGUCAGAUUGCAACAGAGGCCAAGACUAUUUCUCUGUUCAACAGCAUGAGGCACCAACAGCUGCUGACAAGUAUGGAGGACUAGCACCAAAGAAGAAGCCUUUGAUUUCAAAGGAUCAUGAACGUGCCUACUUUGAUUCAGCAGAUUGGGCACUAUGCAAGCAAGGUGCUGGGGUGAGUCCAAAAUCAACAGCAGCAGUGGAGACCUUACAACCAAAACUACAGAGAACGCCACACCAGCAGCUUCCUCCAAGGAGACCUGCUUGUACUACAUCUGGUCAUGAUAGCCAUAUUCAGAUGUUGAAGAGCUGAAAGUAGUUUGUUGUGUUGAGAGCAGUGAUGUUCAUGAUAAAGUUUUCUAUAUACAUUAGAAUUGGCUGGAUGUUUCCCAAAUAAGUGUGAAUUAGCUCUAAUAAUAAGAGUAAUCUUUUCUCCCCGACAUUAUUCCAAAUAAGUGUGAAUUAGCUCUAAUAAUAAGAGUAAUCUUUUCUCCCCGA